UCCAAUAAAAUUUUACAGAUAUUGCUUAUCGACUAUGUUGUUUCAUAAAUCCACAACCCACGCGCACGGAAACCAAUCGCUGAGAAGUUGCUCAACUUGCUAGCCAUCCUGAAUCACAUCACAAUGGAACAUAUCACCCUCAUGCUCUGAACAUGGAACACAAGUCGGGCUACGCAGACAACCGAUUUGAGAGACACUUCACAGUGUAUGUGCUCUCCUUUGAUCACUCUCAAAUGGUACUGUCGGAGAAGACUACUCGCUGGGAUGAGGACGAGUUUCAUCCUCUCUGGAAGCUCGAAACUCGGGCAGGUAGAUUUGGAACGCUGAUCCUCCAGUGAUGAAAUCAUUCAGUUGGCAGAUGAGCAUCUUGGGUUCUACAGUUGGGUUCAGAGGAUUGAGUUUCAGGAUUUCGGGUUAUGGCAUUUUGUUGGGGUCAAUGGUAUUGGCUGUGAUGGUGGGAUCCGAGAUGUGUUGCUUCCGGUGAACGAUGAACUAGAAUGAUGCGGAAGAGUUCGAACCCAUCGAGCAGCGAGCACGCCCCGAAGAUGUGUUCAAUGUGUUCUAGAAUGCUUGAGUGAUGCAUUUAGGCAGCGGUUCGCUGAGCUAUGGAGGAUCUGACCCCCGCAACUUUCAGUUAUGGAGGUCAGCGAAAGAUUCGGGGAUUGCGGAGGGUGCGCGGCUCUGGCUGCUCAUGGGCUAGAGUCAUUCGAGCUCUACUCGUGUCGGUAUGCGCGCUGUCUCUUGUGGGUGGCAUCAUGCUCGCUGGAGAGUUAGCGUCAUCUAAGUGGGAGAGUGGUGGAAUCAGGUUAGGGUUGGCGGGACGUAAGCUACCGAGCGGGCAGGUUUUCAGGGCUAGCAACGACGAGCUUGCUGAGUCGCAGUCCUUUGAUGUACCUCCGGUGAAGCAAUGGCAUCAGAGUGGGGAACCGUUGCAGUCCAACGUGGAAGCUCUGAGGCUUAGCGAGGGGAAUCAAGGAACAGAAUCUGCUAAGGAGAAGGCGAAUAAACGACUUGUGUCCAGAAUUGGAUUCGGCUCAUGCACGUCGAGAGUGGCUAUUGAUCAGCCUAUUUGGGUUAAUGGGGUCAUUUCUAGCGACAUUGAUGCGUGGAUCUGGGCUGGGGAUAUCGCUUACACGGAUUGGCCGGAUGUCAACUGUGCUACGAACCCCUCUCAUAUCCAUUGCAACUGCGAACGAGACUGGCUUCGUUCGAAUCCUGACUCUUGUCUAGCGGGAGAUGUCGCACAUGCUCGGUUAAAGUUUGAGGAACAACUCAGCAACCUGGAUUACAACAAGUUCGUGGAUUUUAUGUGCUCCACUUCAAGGGAGCACCCUUGGAGAACACUGGAUUUAUCCUUAUGUGAUAGGCCUAUCCUCGGCACCUGGGACGAUCAUGAUUAUAAUUGGCAGGACGGUGACAAGCGCAUGCCCACAAAAGAAGAACAGAAGCAGUUGUAUUUGGAUGUCCUGGGAGUGCCUGCAAGCAGUAUCCGACGUAGCACUGGCAGAGGCAUAUACUGGAGGCACACGUUGAAUGAAGGUGUUGCUGGAAAAGAGAUAGACGUGCUCCUUUUAGAUGAGCGCUUCCAUCGUGAUACCAAGCCAUGUCAUACUCGUCGGGAUUUUUGCAGUUUCACAAACCCUAAGAAGACCAAGUACAUGUGGUGUAAGGAUUUUCUAGAAGGUGGUGAAGAUGGAACUGGGUCAUGCUGCAAAAAAGACGACCAAUUUUGGCAAGGGUGGUGCAAACUACCCCAAAGUCUUGCUAAUCCGUUAUGGGACCAAAUUUGUAAUCCAAAAUCAUCGUCAUAUGGCUUUGUGGAUGCAUCUACUGCCAAAAUGAUUGCUAACAACUUAACAAAUGAAUCUUUUUCGUGGAGCAUGAUGGUCCACAAUGAUUCUACAAGUGAUUCAAGUGUACUGUGUGAGAUUUUGGGCCCAAAGCAACGGAGAUGGCUAAAACAUGAGCUUCAGAGUUCUGGAGCUGCCUUGAAGCUGGUGGUUUCUGGCUCACCUCUCAUCAGCAACCCCAAGGAAUUCGUGUGCAGCCAAGCCAGGAAGAAACAUCCAGCUGCAUAUUGCAAGUGCUACGAUGACUUCGACUGCUUCCAACCUGCCCAACGAAACCUUGUGCACAUGUUUGCGACUGCACCUGGUUGUGUCGUUGUUUUGACUGGGGAUUUCCACUUUUCAGACAUUAAGAUUUUGCAGCCUGGGAAGCGUAUGUAUAGUGAUGAAUACGACAGUGCAGACCUCCCUCGACCUCUAGUGCAGGUCAUGGCUAGUGGCCUCACCAACAAUACGGCUGUCCCUGCUCCUUGUACAGGGUUUCGCAUUGAUAAAGUAAGCCUGAGACCGAACGGCCCGUGCGAUUUUGUGUCUGGCCCAGCUUUCGGGUUGAUUGAGGUUGAGUGGAAUACGUCACCUCCGCUGGCACGGCUUCAGAUUCGUGGUGAAGGAGGUCAAAUGCUCCUUGAACAGACACUUACUUUAGAUACUUGUUUUCCAGUGGCUUAAAAUUCUUCAAUGAAUCUCUCUCUUCAGUAGUUCUGACUUAUGCUGAUGGAUAUUUACUGUGUAUCCAAAGCUAAUCUCCGGUAGUACCAGGUUUUGCUUUCGCAGCAGAGCUUGUAAAUUAAUCCUCUCCAGAAGAGGCUCAGAUUUUCUGCACAUAGAGAAUUCCUUCCCCGAGAGACUGCUGGAAGGGAUAGCAGCUGCCCAAGUGCCCUUCAAUAGGUACAAGAAGUACUCAGCAUGCAUAUCCUCUGCACUAUGCUGUAUUCUUUUUCUAAUUUAAAAAAAAUAAAGAUCCAAUCGUUAAUACC